CGCAUCUCAGCAUCUGCCUUCGUCUUCCAAAACCCCUCCAGCAACACCGUACCACACCGCGCCGCUGUUCCAUGGACACGGCGGCCAUGGCGGGCGCCAUGAGGGACCUGGCCGCCCUCUCCAUGCGGUUCCUCCUCCACCUCAGCGGCAACCAAACCAACCUGGCUUUCUCCCCGCUGUCGUUCUACUACGUCCUCGUCCUUCUCGCUGCCGGUGCCACGGGCGACACCCUCAACCAGAUCGUCUCCUUCCUAGGCCCCUCCGGCGGCAUGGCGCAUGCAUCCCUCGCCACCCAUGCAGCCUCUGCUUUCCUCGCUCGGGGCAAUGGCUCGGAGCCCGACGUGCGGUGCGGGGUAGGCGUUUGGGUGGAUUCGUCGCUCCAGCUUAGGCCUGCUUUCGCAGACAUGGUCGCCUCCCGGUACAAUGCCACAGCUCAAGCCAUGCCUUUCCAAGAAAAGCCUGACGAGGCGAGAGUUGAGAUCAACCGCUGGUUCGAGGACAAGACAGGCGGCCUGAUCAAAGAACUCAUGCCGGAGGGCCACCUCGACAGCGACACCGCCCUGGUCAUCGGCACCGCGCUCUACCUGAGAGGCUCAUGGCUGCGCCCGUUCGAUCGCGAAGACACAGUGGACGGCGACUUCUUCUUGGCCAACGGGAGCAGUGUGCGCGUGCCGUUCAUGACGAGCGGAAACCGCCAGCGCAUCAGCUCCCAUGCAGGCUUCAAAGUACUGCAGCUGCCCUACGAUUCCGGCAGGGUUGGCGGCAGGCAGAGCUUCAGCAUGCACAUCUAUCUCCCUGACGAGCGCGACGGGCUGCAGGCGCUGAUCCGCGAGCUCAGCUCCGACACGGCCGGGUUCCUGAACCGCAGCGCCCCCGCGCAGGCGGUGGAAGUGGGGGACUUCAAGGUCCCCAAGUUCAAGGUGUCGCGCAAGGUGGACGUGUCGGAUCUGCUGAAGGAUAUGGGGCUGGAGCGACCGUUCUGCUUUUCACACGACUUCGCGGAGAUGGUUGACUACUCGGAACCUCUCGCGGUGCGUAGCGUGCUACACGAGUGCGUGGUUGAGGUCGACGAGGAUGGAACCAUGGCCGCGGCGGCCACCGAAGCUGACAUCAUGACGGGCUGCUCCAUCGGAUGGGAGGAGCCGGUGCGCGUCGACUUCGUUGCAGAUCACCCGUUCCUGUUCCUCAUCAGGGAGGACGAGAGUGGCAUAGUGCUUUUUGCAGGGCAAGUCGUCAACCCCGAGCUCUAGUUCUGCUGCCUAGAAAUCCUGAGUGCUGUUGAUUAAAAAAAAUGAGGUAAUAUCACCGGGAGUCAUAUAACUUGCGCCGCAUGUUCGGUUUGGUUCUAGAACUUUGAAAAUACAA